UAAUUUUUUUCCAUCCCCUGAGCAAGUUGACACAAAGAAGUGGGCGGGCGGCCUUAGAAAAGAGAAGACAUGGCGCCCUCCUUCCUUCUUCUUUCCCAAUGCCUAUCACCAAAUCUACACAACUCUUUUCUUUUUAGGUACUAGUUUUCUCUCCUAAUUGAAACCAUUGACUAACGCCACACGCCAAUUGGGGAGUUUUUAGUUCAUCCUUUACACAUCAUACGUUUCUCUGAAAGAAGUUGUAAAAAUAUGGAGAUGGGAACUUCAAAAAACCCUCUCUUCCUUUGCUUCAUUCUCAUAUUCAUGGUCUCCUCCACCAUUUCCCAAGUGGAAGUCGUGACCCACUUAUGUUCAAACAGAGGCAACUACACCAGCGACAGCGUUUACAAGCAAAAUCUUGCCACCGCACUUUCCUCCAUCGUCUCAGACACCCAAAUCGAUUACGGAUUUUACAAUUUCACAGCCGGACAGGAACCCGACAAGGUGCACGCCGUCGCCCUUUGCCUGGGCGUUGUGUCGGUGGAGAAAUGCAGGAGCUGUCUCAAUGCGUCCACUCGAAGGAUUCUGGAGGAUUGUCCGAACCAGAAGGAGGCAAUCGGAUGGUACACCGAUUGUAUGAUUCGUUACUCAAACAGGACCAUUUUUGGGGUUCGCAACGACCGAGUGCUCGAGCCAGUUUUCAUCUCCGGUCAGAACGCAUCGGACAUUGAUGGCUACACUCAGUCACUCAGCGAUUUGUUGCAAAGACUGAGAAAUGAGGCUGCGUCCGGGGAUUCUAGACGCAAAUCUGCGGUGGGAGAAAUUGGUGCACCAAAGUUGGGGACCAUAUUUGGGCAUCUUCAGUGUACUCCCGAUUUGUCCUCUGUGGAUUGUAAUAAUUGUCUUGUUACGGCUGCUGAUCGUGUUCCGACUGGAAGUACAGGAACCAGAAUCUUUUUGACGAGCUGUUAUUUGAGAUAUGAGAACCGUCUUUUCUACGACCCCUCGCCGCCGCCGCCGCCCCCUGCCGGUGGCGUUCCCUCCCCGCCCCUGUCGCCGCCUCCGACACCAGACAAUAAUAGCAAUACUGCUAGAACUGUUAUAAUCGUUGUGGUGUCCAUCGUUUCUGCUAUCAUUCUCGUCGUUGGCAUUUUCAUCAUUUUGAGAUUGAGGAAACGAAAGCACAAAACACCAGAAGAAAAAUUUGAUGGUGUUUCUUUUGGAGACACCACUGGUGAAAUCAGCAGUGUAGAGACGAUUCAAUAUGAUUUUGACACCAUUAAAGUUGCAACAAAUGACUUCUCAACUGAAAACAAGCUUGGACAGGGUGGAUUUGGAGCUGUCUACAGGGGUAAGCUGCCUAAUGGACAGCAGAUAGCAGUGAAGAGACUUGCAAAUAAUUCACAGCAAGGAGAUCUUGAAUUCAAAAAUGAAGUUCUUUUGGUGGUCAAGCUUCAACACCGAAACUUGGUUAGGCUGUUGGGAUUCUGCUUACAAAAAACUGAGAGACUUCUCAUAUAUGAAUUUGUGCCGAAUGCAAGCCUUGACCACUUCAUAUUUGGUAUGAUCUCAUAUUCUACUUUGUUCUUACUUUCACUUUGGUCUCAUUGGAAAAGCCAUCCUAUUCCUUUCAUAUGGUUGACAAAGUUAUCUACAUAUAUGGACGACGAUGUAGAUUUUGAAAAGCGGUCACAAUUAGAUUGGGAUAGACGAUUCAAAAUCAUAAAUGGCAUUGCACGAGGAAUGCUAUACCUUCAUGAGGAUUCUCGUCUUCGUAUUGUACACCGUGAUCUCAAAGCUAGCAAUAUUUUGUUGGAUGAGGAAAUGAAUCCAAAGAUUGCAGAUUUUGGUAUGGCAAGAUUGUUUGAGGUGGAUGAGACUCAAGGCAAUACAAGUAGAAUUGUGGGAACUUAUGGCUAUAUGGCUCCAGAGUAUUUAAUGCAUGGACAAUUUUCAGUGAAAUCAGAUGUCUUCAGUUUUGGUGUUUUGGUUCUUGAAAUUGUCAGUGGCCAGAAAAAUAAUUGUUUUCGUAAUGGAGAAAAAGUAGAAGAUCUCUCUAGCUGUGCAUGGAAAAAUUGGAGAGCAGGAACAACUACAAAUGUCAUAGAUCAAACACUUAGUGUUGGUUCAAAGAUUGAAAUGAUGAGAUGCAUUCACAUCGGACUAUUGUGUGUUCAAGAGAAUGCAGCAGAUCGACCAACAAUGGCUUCGGUGGUUCUAAUGCUUAGUAGCUUCUCUCUCACUCUUCCUGUGCCUGCAGAACCUGCAUUCUUCAUGCAUAGUAACAUUGAUGAGUCCAACACAUUGCCAAAGUCAGAUCUCUGGUUGGAAACGAUUCAAUCUAGUCAUUAUGAAAAUACACCCGUUCAAGCUUUGAAGAAUGACCCUUCCAUUAGCGAGCUCCACCCUCGCUAGAAACUGUGGAGAUUUAACAUUUGUUUGAUCACUUAUAUGUAUUUAUUUUUCAGUAGAGCACUAAAAGUUGUGCUUAGUGAAAUAUUGUUGGAUACUAUCACUUUUCUUUUUCAGAUUUGAUUUGUAUAUCUUGAUUUAUGACAAUGUAAGAGUAGUUUACCUUUAAACUU